AUGAUAGAUGGCCUUGAUCUUAGAACUAGCGGACUGAUGAUAGAUGGCCCUGAUCUUAGAACUAGCGGACUGAUGAUAGAUGGCCCUGAUCUUAGAACUACCGGACUGAUGAUAGAUGGCCCUGAUCUUAGAACUAGCGGAAUGAUGAUAGAUGGCCCUAAUCUUAAAACUAGCGGACUGAUAGAUGGCCCUGAUCUUAGAACCAGCGGACUGAUGAUAGAUGGCCCUGAUCGGUUCCAACUUGACGUGUCUGUUCCUAUUCCUAUCUCUGUUCCUGUUCAUAUCCCUGUUCCUGUUCCUGUUCCUGUUCCUAUCCCUGUUUCUGUUCCUAUCUCUGUUCCUGUGCCUGUUCCUGUUCCUGUUCCUGUUCUUGUUCCUAUUCCUGUUCCUGUUACAAUCCCUGUUCCUGUUCCUAUCCCUGUUCCUGUUCCUAUCCCUGUUCCUGUUCCUUUUCCUGUUCCUGUCGCAUUAAUCUAUCUAUCUGUCUAG